GGCUGCGGGCUUCUGAUGUCACGGGGAAGUUAAAGUGUUGCAGAUGGGGAAAAAGUGUUGCAGUGUUUUCAGCUGCUGGCAUCGGGGAGAGGUGUUACAAAUGACCCACACCUUUUUUGCAAAAAUGUGUUUGUUUUUUGAAGUAUGGAAAUUCUAAACCAUGAAACUCUGAAAAUCCUCUUCUGCCUUUUACUUAAGGACACUCAAUCUGUGAAGACACACGUAAAUGACACAGUACUUGCUUUUCAUGUUUAAACCUGACCAGGAUUCCUUAAAUAUCAAUAUUAAUUUUAAAUGACAAUGGAAUUAUAAUUUCUGGAGAUUUGCCAUUUACAACUAGCAACAAUGCUACAGAUCCUGUUUUAGGGUUUUACUUGAUACAUUCCUUUCAUUCUCAUUUUGGAUGAUUAAUGGGGAGCGCUCCUGUUUCUUCAGUGCUCACAGCCAGCGAGAGCACAGACUGUUUGAGAGUGCUCUUUCCAGAGAACAAGUGUUUCCAUUGGUUGGAUUACUCAAAGUAUUGAGCAAUGCCUCCAGUCAGUGAACUAAAGGAUGGGUGUCCACCCAGUGGGUUUGUCCACGCUGUUCCUGAGAGCCCUCAAGAAUUGGACGUUGAACAUGAACUUCUUAUGGAGACCCCAGGAUUUGUAGGUCAAGAUGUAAUGAAGGUGGUUGUUAUAGGAUCCAGAGCUAACACCAAAGGGGUCCAGGAGGAGGAUGCCUUGUUGGAAAAUGGGAGCCAGAGCACUGAAAGUGAUGACCCUCAUGGAGAUCCAAUUCCUGAAGUGGUGGUGCCUCUUAAAGAGACCUCUUUCUCUAUAGGGUUGCAGGUCCUCUUUCCAUUUCUUCUGGCUGGCUUUGGCACUGUGGCUGCAGGGAUGGUGUUGGAUAUUGUACAGCACUGGGAAGUGUUUAAAGAGGUGACAGAAGUUUUCAUCCUUGUUCCAGCUCUGUUAGGACUUAAAGGUAACCUGGAAAUGACCCUGGCGUCUCGCCUUUCAACAGCGGCCAACAUUGGGCAAAUGGAAACUGCCCAUGAAAAGUGGGUAAUGAUCACUGGUAACAUGGCGCUGAUACAGGUACAGGCCACUGUUGUAGGCUUCCUGGCGUCUAUAGCAGCAGUGAUCUUUGGCUGGAUUUUAGAUGGUCACUUCCUUUUGGGACAUGCUGUUUUGUUGUGCGCAAGCAGCGUCUCUACGGCUUUCAUUGCUUCAAUGGUGCUAGGUCUGAUCAUGAUCGGGGUUAUAAUUGGUUCUAAGAAACUGGGCAUAAACCCUGAUAACGUUGCAACACCUAUUGCCGCCAGCCUUGGGGAUCUGGUUACGCUUGCAUUGCUAUCUGCCAUCAGCUGGGCCCUUUACAGGGAAAUGAAACACCAUGAAUUUGUAAACCCAUUGGUAUGUGUGCUUUUUAUUGCUCUGUUGCCUGUUUGGUUUGUAAUUGCGAGAAGGAACCCAGCCACAAGAGAGGUGCUGGCAACCGGCUGGGAGCCUGUUAUAAUCGCCAUGACUAUUAGCAGUGUAGGCGGGCUGAUUUUGGAUAAAACUAUGUCUGACCCAAACUUUGCAGGAAUGGCGGUGUUCACACCUGUUAUAAAUGGGGUUGGAGGUAACCUUGUUGCCGUCCAGGCAAGCCGCAUUUCCACCUACCUCCACAUGUUGGGGUCUCCUGGAGAGCUUGUAGGGAUUCCUCAUCGUAAAUGCCCUAAUCCUUGCCGAACCUUUUUCAGCUCAGAUGUGAACUCUCGGUCAACCCGUGUCCUAUUUCUUCUUGUGGUCCCUGGGCACCUUGUUUUUCUGUAUACCAUUAGCGCUAUGCAAGGGGGGCACACUACACUGACAAUAAUCUUCAUCGUUUUCUAUAUGACUACUGCAUUGCUCCAAGUCCUGGUUCUCCUGUACAUUGCGGACUGGAUGGUUCACUGGAUGUGGGGCAGAGGGAUGGAUCCAGAUAACUUCUCGAUACCUUAUCUAACAGCCUUGGGAGACCUUUUAGGCACUGGGCUGCUGGCACUCAGCUUCUACUUGUUGUGGCUUAUUGGGGACCGAGACUCUGAUGUUGGGGACUGAGUCUGCCUUUGAUAUAUCUGUAUUUGUUUCCGUGUUCUAGGCUCCAGCAUUUCUGGUUUCAUCUAUGCAUAGCACCAUUCCCCUUGUAGGGAAGAAUACUGAGGAUUACCAGAAACAAGUGCAAUAUGGACAGAGCUAAAUAGAUCUGCGUAACUGCUGCAUUUGAAUAGACUUCCAACUCUGGAUUGAAAAACGAGGAUUAGUAUUUAUGUACUCUGUGCAGCUGGAACUGCUUUAAGAAGAAGAUACCAUUAAGAACAAAAUCUUUAACUUAUCUAUUUGAUUGUCUUAAUAUAAGGAAGGCCUAUGUAAUGCAGAAAAGAGGAAAAUGCUACUUCAAUUCAGUAAAAACAACUCCUCAUAUUGGUUCAUAUCGCACGGUUUGGCAUUCACCACGCUUGUGCCCCUCUUAAUGAUUAUUUUGAUUCCUUUUUUUGUAUAGAAAUUUCAUAAAUGUCUACCUAGAUCUUCACUCUAUCACGUAGAUCUGAUCACCAAAGCCACAUUUAAAUGCCUACACUUUCAUUUGUUUUUGAUAUGACAGAAAUAGACACCUGUAAUUGGUUCAUUUUUAAUUUCAAAACUUUUUUUUUUUUUUUUUAAUUUAGAAAAAGUUGUUGAUCUACAAAUAGUGUGGUCUAGAACAUCUUUAGCUUUUUAUACCAAACAGUUUCUUUUUCCCUCAAAAACUUCAAUACGUUUUUUCCUUUACUGGCAUUUUUCAAAUUAUUUUUCUAUUUUGUCCCAACCUCAUACUGUAAUAGGCAAUGGUAAAAAAAAAACACUUAGUUAUUUACUAGUUGUACAGAUCCCUUGAUAUGCUGAGGAGUCUCCACUUUAGAGGGGCAUAACGUUCUUACUUUAAACUGCAUUUCAAAUUCAAUUACGACCGCAGUAUCGCAAAUUUGCUGUUGCAAAAAAUUACCUUUUUUAAAAGCUGUUGCUGUUACAUGCGCAUAUUUUGCACUCUUAUGUUACGUCGUCCUUGUAAAGUGCAGGCAGUGCAUUUUAAAUUCAAGCUCUGUGUCCCUUUACCUAACGUUUGAGAAGAGCACAGGAAAUUGUUUUCAAGGGUAUUAAAGCCAUAGUUUGUGUGUUCUACCAAGCUAUACAACGGCCUGAUUUGGCCCUUUGUUCAGUUUGCAAAAAAAAAAAAAUCAGGCUAAAGGUAUUUUCAAAGAAUAGAUUUGUACUUUAAUAAAUAUCAAGGAAAGGUGAAAAAAGCUCUGCAAAGCGUGCUCCUAAAAUAACAAAACAUUAUUCAGAUUUCCUUUUUUAAAUUGUGUAAUUAUCCUAAGGUGAAUAAAGGUGUUUGGUAUCUCCCUUCUGUUACAGUCCAUGGAAAAGCCACUUCUGAUCUGGUCAUUGUAUCCACAGUGUUUAUUUAACUGAUCCUUUAAUUCAAAUUUGCUUUUUUGUUAAAAACCUGUAACACAAGGGGAGAUUUAUAUAUAAGUCACUUUAAUCUGUUAAGGGAUGUCCUGACUGUAGGGGAACAAAUGUUUGAAAUGGCCUUUUUUUUUUUUUCUUUUGGGAAACCAUAUUUUGACGUUGCUGCUGAAUAAAUGAUAUAAAUUAUAUUUGUCAAAGAAAAAUAUUUAAUAAAAUUCAACUUUAUUUAAAUCUGCAA